AUGAAAAGUAUGAUCAAUAACUCCUUACAUGCUCUGCAAUUGACCCGUGAAAAAAUAUUAAAAGAAAGAGAAAGUACUUCAGAAACACAAGCUACGCAAGGCCCUCUAAGAUCUAUUCCUACACAAGGGACUGAAUUAAGUGAAAGUGAAGACGAGGGAGAUAACUCAAGCAGACUAAAAGAUAUCCCUAUCAUAAUUACGUAAAAUUAACCAUAAGCAGAUAAUUAUUUAUUUUUUAUAUAUAAUAGGGUUUAAAAUUAUGGCUUAUAUCACUAUUUGUUAUAAAUAAAUAUAAAUCGAUUUCUGCAGGUGUUCAAUACCAAAGAGGUGGCCUUGGAGUAAGAACACAGGUAGAUUUAAAUCAACUAAGGCAAGAAAUUAAAUUAAGGGAAUCUGAGCAGUUUGAAAGGGAAAGGGAAAUUAAAAAUAUCUUGGGGAGUGACACAAGCCAAGAUGAGCAGGGAAGUGGAGGAGAAGAACAAGAAAAUCGGAUGAAUGAAGAAAUUAGAAAUAAAGUUGAAAAUAUCAUUAUCCUAGAUCAGAGUGAUAUAAAAUGCUGCUGCAGUCGGACGUGCAAUUUGUUGUAG